AGGAGAGCCACGUGACUUAUAUCAACAGUGCCUGUCUUCCAAAUUGGGACAAUCACUUUCCAUCAAUAUUCAAGAUGAAGUUUGUGAAAUUCACAAAAGCUUUAUCCUACUCAAUGGCGGCCUCUGCACCGAUUCUACAACGGCAUUAUGCUUUCGUGUCAAUUGCCUGCUUUCUCCGACAGUCCAACAGUUUCCUCUCAACUGGGUGAUGAGACCCCCCGGGCCGCUCCUUCUUCAUUAUGGACGACUGUCGCAGGCUGUUCUCGGGGAUGGAGUGGGAGAGCGGAUUUCUAUUACAACUUCUCUUAAUCAUAACUAUCUACUCUGAUAUUUCACCUCUUAUUCAUCGUUAUCUAUAUCUAAAUGUCUUUAGACUCGGUACUCAACCUCGCUGCAGAGGGUAAAUGUCUUAUCAACGGGGUUGCCACGGCCGAGUUGCUAUGGACCGAUACUCCCCUCAACUUCUGGACUGGAAUUGAUUACACGACCGGUAAAAUCGUCGACCGACGCCAUCCGCUCCAUGAUGAGACUGUCGCCAACCGCAUAUUCGCCUUGCCCGCGAGUCGUGGAUCGUAUGGAGGGGCUCUUGCCAUAUACGAGUUGCUCCAGAAUGGCUGUGCGCCCGCCGGAAUUGUCGUUGCAGAAGACGAGGAGACUAUCAUAGCUGGUGUGAUAAUCGCCCAUUUGUUCCUCAAAAAGUCUAUUCCCGUGCUGAAGAUCAAUCCCGUCCGCUUCCAGUCUAUCUGCACGCAAACUCAUGCGGCCAUCUCCGGCAGCAGACUUUACGCCCAACACGGGGUCCUACAACGCCCGGCCCGUGAUCCACAGCCAUUGUAUCAUUCGCCGGGGUUUUACGAUGAAUGCCAAAAAAUUCGAAGCAGCAUUGCCAACCGCGCUGCCUGUGGUGCACUAGAUAUUGUUGCCCGAUUUGCUACGGUCAGGGGUGUAUCAAGUCUCGAGCAAGUUGACAGGGCCCGGAUUGACGCGUGUAUCUACACUGGUCGGGCAGCCACCCAUAUCGUCGAUUCCUUCGAAAGGCUCAUCUCCUCGUUCCCAAUCAAAGUCAUCGCAACCGGGAUCCCAAUGAGCCGAGUGCGUUGGCAAGAGCUUGGUGCCGAGGAACGUCCCUUGCGGCGGCUCGACGCCAUCACAGCGGAUUAUAAAAGAAUGGGGGCAACGAUCAUGCCGACCAGCAAAGCCACGUUGCCUGAGCGGCGACACCGUGUAUACCUCAAUAGCAUGUCAGGUGAAAGCAGGCCAGUCUUACCAGAAAUGAUUGACCUUUGUGUUGCCCUGGUCGGCUGGGCUCCCGCCUUGCCAUUGAAGACGGAGGCUGAUCGUGCUGCAAGGGUGCAGGUGAAUGUGCUGGUCGACCCCUUGGCUGAUGAGGAUGUGGACACCUUUUACUCUGUACUGGGCUUCGCAGUCGGAUACAUUGCCGGUGCCCGUAUCCCCUUUGUAGACUACACCCGAACACCCGACGAGUCUGCCAUGCACAAGUUUACCGCCGGUUUUGUUGCCACUUCAUCAGCCCCCUUGUUCCAUUUUAGGGGAGCUACUCACCGCUGGAAGGACUACUACCCAAGAUCGUGGAUGGUGAGAGGGACGCUGCCGGAUAUAACGUCGGUGCCGGACUACACACUGAAACGAGAAGGGUUCGAGUUGGCAAAAACAAUGUUGAGCACCGCCGAAGAUCCAUCGGUCAAGUUUGUCCUGUUGGGCGAUCCCAACAUGUCGCUGGACGCGUUGCGCAUACUGGCGCGGCAUUGCGCUGGGCGUAGGAAACAUUUCCAGGUCUACUUUCUCAUCACCACAACCAAAGAGAUAUUCCAUGAUGCCAGCUGGCCUAGAUAUGCUCAGACAAUCGCUCAUUUUGGAGCGUCGUUCAACCACGAGAAUGACAAAUAUGAUCUUCCGAAUAUCUGGCUUCAAAAAGAUGCUGGUAACAUCAUGACAAACUCGACCCGGUAUGCUUCCUUUUCCGGGCUUGGGGCUCGACGCGGGGUGCAUUUUGGGACUCUCAAGCAGUGUGUUGAUGCUGCAGUGAAUGGGAGAAUUGGUUAG